UUCUAACCUAGUCUAAAACUCUAAUUAUCUAUAAAAAAAAACAUUUGCCAAAAGUAGCUCAUGAAAUAGUAGAUUGGCCAGGGUUAACUACGAUCAACACAAGCUGACUACGGUGUAUAGUAGAAAACUGCUCUUUCGUGGCAAUGAACUACUGUUUUCCGGCCCAUCUAUUAUUUCGCAGCCCAUUGGCCCAUAAUAUAUAAUAUGUAAUAUUUUAGAUUAAGUUAUUUUGACUAUUAUUUCUUGGUUUUAUCUACUUUUUUCUCCUAAUGGAGCACCCGAAGAACAACGAGGUACGUUCAUUUUUUAUCAAAAUUUUACCGUAUUUUUUAUUAGGAAUAAUUUUUGUAUAUUGGGAUAACUUAAAAAAAAACGAAAAAAAAAAAAAUAUUAAAACCGUAGGUUUAAUACGAAACCUACGGUGUACAAAUGCACAAUGAACAGAUUGUGCACUAUGGACUUGUACACCGUAGGUUUUGUAUGAGGCCUACGGUUUUAUUUUAUUUUUUUCGUUUUUUUAAAAUUUUGUUAUAACCUCGUAAGCCAUCAUAUAUAUUUUAUGAUAUCAUGAUUUUUUUUCAAAUAACUUGAAAAAAAAAUUAACAAAACUGUAGGUUCUUGAGAGGAAACCGUAGGUUUCCAAAAAACCUAUGGUUUUACAAGUUCAAAAUGAAAAAAAAAAUUAUACUUAUGACGAAACAAUAGUCCACUCUAAUUACAUACGGUUUCGUGGGCUAUUUUGGAAUAAUUCUUAAUUUUUGACUAUAAAUAGUUAAUUACUUCCUCAAUUAAGCUAGAUUAGUAAUUGCUCCUCAUGGGCUUUGAUUAAUGGGAUUUUACCUUCGUUUGUAUUUUAAUUGAAACUUUAGAGAUUGUUUAGUUAUCUUCAAUUCUUCAAAUGUAGUUUCCCUCCAAAGCAAAAAAAAAAAAAAAGUAAUUGUGAAUUACAUUUUUUAACACGAUUUUGUAUUACAUAACUAUUAUAUAAAAAUGGUAAACCACACCUCAUACAUGCUAAUAUAAAAUAUUUGUUUUGAAACAAAAAAUUAUUCAUUAAAAUGACCAUAUAAUGAAAUGACUCUGUAUUGUCUGUGAUAUUUAUUAUAUUCAUAAAAAUGGAUACCAUUUUAUUUAUAUUACACACAUUACAUGUCCAACCUAUGGUAUUGAUGUUAGAGUCUUUACAACCUCCACCACAUAAUAGAUGGCCAAACACACUUUUCUAUUUCUUCUUGUUAAAUGUUACAAGUUUUUUCUUUGAUCGUAUCUUGUGUUUUUUGAAAAGUAUCUUCUUGUACUUUCUGGAAGUAGUUACUAGUUAGGUUCGUUACGUGUUUGCGAUAUUUUUCAAAAUUCACAAGUUAUACUUUUUAUGCAUUUUUGUUUCACAAAUUAUUUGCGGAAUGCACUAAUUUUGGAAAGUGUUCUUUGUAGUUAUAUAUUUAUAAGUUUUGUUGGAACCAAAUAACAAUUAAUUUCAAUCUCUUAUACUCUUUAAAGCUAUGAAUUUAUAAAAUAGUAAUAUUAUAGUACUUAUUUGUAGUGGCGGAUGUAAUAGAAUGUUAUUGAUAAUCGUUCACAAUCCGGUUAGAUAUUCUUGUUGAAUGGUGGUGCGGUGACUUGAAAAAUUUUCAAAACGACAGUAGACAAAAGUAUACGUAUAUUUCAUUUAUUAGUUUGUAAUCAUUUUAAACUUUAAUUAGGUUUUUUUUAUAUAAUUUGUUUAGUUUCUAUUAAGAAGGUUUUUAAGUUUAAAUUUUGAGGGUUUCAAUCAUGAUUCGUGAAUACUAAGAAAAGGAUAAACAUUUUAAUAUUCUCCAAAAAAAAGCUCUCUCUUCUAUCUUUGCAAAAUGGAUAGUCGUAGUCGGAAGCUACUCAGCUAGGAACCCAUUUUAUUCGUUUUGUAGAGUUGAAUUUAAUGGUUAUUGUGAAUUUGUGCUAGUAAGGUAUGUAGCUUUAUAAAAUUCUAACUAUUUUCACAUGAUUAUCGAGGGUUGCUAUUAUGCUUAAUACACAUAGAGUGAAUUAUAUUAUUGGUCCCUUGAGUAUAGUUAACUAUAUCUUUUGGUCAAUGGUUUAUUUGUUAUGCAUCCUUAAUUCCUUAUCCUCAAGGAGAAAAUUAAUAACAUUUGGGUCCUAAAUGUUUUUUUUAAUGAUCGUUACAUUAAUUUAUGGAAUAGUUAUGAGUAAAUCACAUAAAUUGUCCAUAUGGUUUGGGAUAAUUUACAUGUUUGGUUCCUAACUUAUAUUUUUUAACUUGGAAGUUCCAUACUGUUUGUUUUUGUAGUGAGUUUUGUUUUUGUUUUAACUAAAAAAACUAUUUUGUUAUUGAUUUUUUAAUUUAUUUAAAUAAACACCCUCAACUCCACUUCCACCUCAUCUUACCUUACCUUAUUUAAAUAAAUUAAAAAACCAAUGGCGAAAUAGUUUUUUUAGUUUUUAGGUAAGACAGAGACAAAGUACGCAACAAAAACAAACUGUAAAAAACUUUUCUAAUUUAAAAAAAAUAAAUUAAUGUACAAACAUACAAAUUACCCCCAAACCAUAAGUAAUAUUCGUCUAAUUUACUCUAUAGUUAUCCAUAUAUCUCUGGUAGGUAAUUGAAUUCUUCCGGUCGCUAUGCAUAUAGUUUUAUUGCAAAUUAAUCAUUAUUUUUUUUUUGGAUGAUAAUGAAUCAUGAAUUUCAUACGUGAUUUUUUUUAGAUUCCAAAUGAUUUAAAUUCCUAUUUGAAAGAAAAAAAAACAUAAAAUUGGUCGGGAAUUCAUAAUUGUGUCAUUUGUUUUCUUAUCUCCCUAUCUAAUAAACAAAACCAACUGGACACGUGUCAUUACAAUCAUCCAUUUUUCGCCCUAUGUUAAAUUACUCUAUUACCCUUUCAGCAUCCUUUCACGUAUCAUUAGGUAAUUAGGUAAUAGAUAAAAUAGGUAAUUAUGUAUGGAAUUGAAUUAGAUUAGAUUAUAUAUGGAAUAUAUGGAAUAUGGAAUUUCACGUAGCAUUACAAAUUGAAUAUGGAUGGAAAUAAUGAUAUUGUAUCGAAAUCUUUGGAAUAUUGAAUCUGGAAAUAUCGAUAUUUUCUAAUUUGAAAUUUGAAUAUGGAAUAACUGCUGUAUACAUUAAAUCAAUUCCGUUACAUGCCCGAUUAAGAGCAUCUAAAAAUGGUAUGCAUAUCAAUCAAUUAUUAUGUGCAUAACAUACUAUAUCAAUCAUAUUCCGCUUCAAUUACAUAAUUCAAUCUUUAGGACAGUCUAUGCAUCUCGAUUCUGCUUCUUAAUUUCGAAUAUUCAAUCAGCAACUUCAAUAUUUCGAGGUUUACAGGUUAAUGUUACGUUGUUUGGAGAUAUUGCAUACCAGUUAAUUUCUUAUCUUGAAGCUCAUAAAGAAGUUGGUCGUGUGAUUGUCCUUUUGCAAUUUGCAAGAAUUAAUGUCUAUAACGCAACACCUUCUGUGAACAGUUAUUUUGAACAAACACGGAUGUUCAUAAAUGCUAAUCUUCCCGAAAUUGUUACAUUCACAGAUAGCUUGGUUGGAUUAAGAGGACUUCAAAACCCUUCUGCUUCUUUGACUGUUGAAAGCUCUAAAUCAUAUUCGGAAUCUGAUGACUUUUUGAAUAACUACAAAGUUAAAAAUGUUGUCGAUUUGAUAGAACCACAAGAGGUCGGCCAAUAUAUCAUUGUCGGGACCAUUUAUGGUAUUCGCCAAGAUAUUGAUUGGUAUUAUGAUGCGUGUACAAACUGUGGAAAGAAAGUUCAAACAGAAGAUUUGUUCAGUGGUGCAGAUAGUGGUGAUGCAAGUGUCGUUUUAAAAUGCAAUGGUGAUAAUUGUAAAAAUAAGACGAUCUCUUCUGUUCCAAGGUAUAAAAUACCUAUUCGUGUGCAAGAUGAUUCUGGAACAAUCACUCUAACUCUCUUCGAUAGAGAUGCUUAUAGAAUCGUCAAAAAACGCGCACGUGAUCUUAUAGAUAAAAUCAAACAGGCUGGGGAUAAUCCAAGAUUAUAUCCUUAUGACCUCAAAUGUUUGGAGCAUAAAAAGAUGGCUUUUAAGAUAGAUGUUAAUAGUUUUAAUGUAUCCAAUAACUACAAUCGGUUUGGGAUACUUGGCUAUACGGUUGAUAGUAACGUUAUCGAUGCUUUGGAAAAAAAGUUAGCUGUCGAGGCAGGUAGUCCUGCAAAUGCUGAUGAUACAGAAAUCGCAUCUCAUGAAGUAUCUCAAGAAACAAAGUCCUUAAAGGAUGCGAUAUCGCAAACAGGUGAUAAUUUGACCCCAACAUUGCCCGACAAAUUUGAAGCUACAAGUCCGUUCAAGUAUAAUUCCCCAACAACAGUAAAAAACGAAAUGUUGGAGAUACCAUUGAUGUUGAUGAUUAUGAUAAUGUGAAUUCAUCCACCAAGGUCCCUCGAUUGAAUUCUAAAGUUGAUGGCAACACAGGUCUAUUAAUACCAAAGCUUGAAAAGUAAUUUGAGAUUGUCCUUUUUUAAUCAACAAUGUUCUUGAAUUUGGAUUUUUUUUUGGAUUCUCUUUCACAGUAUUGCUCUUUGUGGUGUCCACUGUUCAAACAUUGAUAGUUCUUGCUUUAUUUUCGCUGGUAUUCUAUAUUUUAAUACGAUUAUCAUUUUAUGGUUAUCAUUGUAAUUAGACUAAUCUUCUUUUAAUAAAUG